AUGGGGCUGGAGUUCGUGAGGCAGCUCCUGACAGAUGACGCCAAGGGCACCGUGUUCGCCACCUGCCGCUCCCCUGCAGCUGCCACAGACCUCCAGGCCCUGCAAAAGGAGCAUGGAGACCGCCUGCACGUCAUAAAAUUGGAUGCCACUGAUGAAUCUAGCAUCGAGGAGGCCGCCAAGGAGGUGUCCGCCGUGACUCCCUGCUUGAGUACUCUGAUAAACGUGGCGGGCGUGCUGCAGGACCAGGCAACAGGACUGAAACCGGAGCGCUCCCUGCGGGGCAUUUCGUCGGCCAAUCUGCAGCAGAGCUUUGCGGUGAACACCAUCGGACCCAUCCUGGUGGCCAGGACCUUCAUGCCCUUGCUGAGCCGCUUCGGCAAGGACAACGAGAUCCCCGCCAAGCUGGCUUUCCUUAGCGCCCGCGUGGGCUCCAUCUCCGACAACAAGCUGGGGGGCUGGUACUCGUACCGCGCCAGCAAGGCAGCCCUGAACCAGCUGGUGCGCUGCGCGGGGCUGGAGUCGGAGCGGAAGAAGAUGGGGGUGGCCUGCCUCCUCCUGCACCCGGGCACGGUGGACACCGACCUGUCGGCACCCUACCAGGGCAACAUCCGUGACGACAAGCUGUUCACCAGGGAGCGCGCCGUGCGCCAGCUGCUGGACAUCGUGAGGGGGGCGGGCAUGCAGGACAACGGCCGCUUCAUCGCCUGGGACAAGACCGAUAUCCCCUGGUAG